AUGGUUCUUUUCCUGAGCAUCAUUCACAGCCUCCCUCUGACCUUUGACCUGAAGAUGGCAGCAGGAAGUGUGUUUGUCGUUGUGUGUGUCAUUUGUGGGGCGUUGUCCUCCGCCUUCAGAUGCUCAGUUCUCCUGAUUUUUCCCAGCAUGCUCGGCUCCCGUGGCCGAAUGUACCUGAUGGUGUUCAUCCUGUCUGUGCUCUCCACAGGACCGGUCUCUAACAUCGUGCAUAACGUGCACUCAGCAGCUCUGUCUCUCAGCUGUAACCUGGACCUGCAGGUUCUUCACAGCAAGCUCCUGUGGCGACACGCCAUCAGACCGUUCACAGUCAUCACUCAGCAGCUUGUGGACGAUAAAGCAGCGUUUGAGUCAGAGGCUCUGACCAUCAGCAGGAAGUUUCAGAUCCUCAGAGAUGAAGUCGUCGCUCAGUACGGAUACGACCAGUUCAAACCACAGCGCGUGGAGCUGGACAGGAGCACCCAGGAACAGUUCACUGCAAAGACCAUGAUGCAGUGCGACAGUGUCGUGACUGAGGGAGUACAGCGCUGUUCUGAUUGGUUCGAGGUCAGGUGGGCGAAGUGUAUGGAGGCGAUACCUGUUCCUGUUAUCAGCCACAUCCUCUGUGUCUCUAUGAAAUUCCACUUCCUGUGUGACAUCAUGAGAGUGAUGGGUCCCUGGUGUAAGCAGCACAUUCCUGUGGAGGGAAACUUCGGUCGUCUCUUCGAUCAUCUGAACGUUUCAGUCGACAUGUUGUCCAGAGAGUUCAGCACCGAGCUCGUUGUCCAGGAGCAGCAGGCUGUGCUGGGCGAAGCUGCAAGCGAUCACUUCACUCAGUCUGUGAAAAAGUCUCUCCACGGCCUGAAGACCGUGAUGAAGCAGCUGCUGGACGUUGUGCAGCUGCUGCUGUCCCUCACCAUCAUCAGCGUCUUCAUCAGGGCAUUCUGGUACGUCAGACAGUACAGGAGAGACGUUCACUUUGACAAUGUCUACAUCACCACCUACUUCAGAAAGAUCGACGCUCGCAGAAGAAGAGAGGGGAAACGUUUCCUGCUGCCACUGAGGAAAUCAGAGAAGAAGAAGUUCAUCGACCCUCUGAGCCUCAGGAUUCAUCCUGACGAGUUUCAGGAAGUGAUGUCAGGUGUGUUUCAGCUACUCUCUGUCUCUCUGCUGUGCAUCGUCCUGCUGACUGUCGACUUCUCUGUGGUCCGCGCUCUGGACAUCGUCAGCCGACACACCUCCAACCAGUUCAACCUGACCAGUAGUCACCAGGUGGAUAUCAGAGUGGACGGGGCAUCCAUGAUGGCCAACCUCCUGAGAAAAACGGUUUCAGCCUUCAACAGCUCGUCCGACUUUCACAUCCACACCGACAACCGGAAGUGUGUGUUUCCCCCCACCACCCUCUCAGCAGGCGUGUAUAUGAGCUGUGUGGCUUGUGUCCUGUUGAUGGCGCUCUUCACCUGCCUUCACGUUUACACCAACCGCCUUCCACGGGUCAUCGCCGCCUUCUACCAUCCGAAGAAGGAGAAGAGGCGGGUUUUAUACGCCUACAAUCUGCAGCUCCACAGUCGGAUCUCCUCCCGGGACAGUGAACACACCAGCAGCUUUGGGGAGGCCCCGGGAAAAACUUGUGGACUAUCCGGUGUCGAUCAAUCACAAGCCGAGCGAGUCCGUCCGGUGCAAACGGAACUUGUAACGCCAGAAAACUACGCAGAUAGCGGACCGAAGACCGGACAGGCUUCCUGCUCCAGUAACCGAGUCCCCCCCCCCGGCUGUGGUCCGGUCAAGCGGACGCUCUGA